AUGACAGCCGCAGUAGCAGCAGCAAAACAAACCAAACUUGGUAUUGAAUUUAAAAAAGAAGAAAAUCUUGCUGAUUGGUAUGGACAAGUUAUACGUAAAGGUGAAUUAAUUGAAAAUUAUGAUGUAGCUGGAUGUUAUAUACUUCGUCCAUGGGCAUAUUUUAUUUGGGAACAAAUAAAAGCUUUUAUCGAUGCUGAAAUUACUGAAAUGGGUGUACAAAAUUGUUAUUUUCCAUUAUUUGUUUCUGAUGCUGCACUUCAUCGAGAACAAACUCAUAUUGCCGAUUUUUCUCCAGAAGUUGCUUGGGUAACUAAAUCAGCAUAUGCUAAAUGGAUACAAUCUCAUCGUGAUCUUCCAUUAAAAUUAAAUCAAUGGAAUAAUGUUGUUAGAUGGGAAUUUAAAAAUCCUCAACCAUUUCUUCGUACAAGAGAAUUUCUUUGGCAAGAAGGUCAUACAGCAUGGGCUACAAAAGAAGAAGCUUCAGAAGAAGUUUAUCAAAUUCUUGAUUUAUACACAAGAGUUUAUACAGAUUUACUUGCUAUACCAGUUAUUAAAGGACGUAAAACAGAAAAGGAAAAAUUUGCUGGUGCAGAUUGGACAACAACAAUUGAAGGUUAUAUUGCUGCUAGUGGAAGAGGAAUUCAAGCGGCAACAUCACAUCAUUUAGAUCAAAAUUUUUCGAAAAUGUUUGAUAUUACAUUUGAAAAUCCACAAAUAAAAUGA